ACUUCUAUUAACUCAUAAACUUGUUUGAAACUAAAUUCUUGUUUUAGAACUAAGUUCAAGGCCAAUUGUAUUAAUAGCUUUAUUUUCAGAAGUAUGGCGGAAAGACAUUUUGAAAGACUAUAAAAGAUGCAGAGAAGAAAUGAUGAUGCUCAGAGAAGGAUUGCUCAAAAUGAGCAGUAUCCACCACGUGUUAUUCCUGCUAGUGGGCAGAGAUUUGGCGAUGAAAGUGGGCUGGCAGGUUUAACAUUCCCUCUCAAUUAUCAAAUAAAUCAACAUGGUUCCCACCAUGGUCCUGUACCAGGAUCUCUCUCACACACUGUGGGCAUUGGGUCGACUGGUCCAGUAACAGGAGCCACUCUUCACUCUGGACACCAACCUGGCAUUACAGCUAACCAAUCAAUGUUGGGUCCACCAUUGUCUGGAGGCCAACAGCAACAACAGCAGCAGCAACAAUGUCAGCGUCUAAAGGUAGAAGAUGCCCUGUCCUACUUGGAUCAAGUCAAGCUACAGUUUGGCAACCAGCCUCAGGUGUACAAUGACUUCCUGGAUAUCAUGAAGGAGUUCAAAUCUCAGACAAUCGAUACACCUGGAGUAAUUAACAGGGUGUCAAAUUUGUUCAAUGGUCACCGAGAUCUGAUUGUUGGGUUUAACACUUUUCUGCCCCCUGGCUACAAGAUUGAAGUCCAGUGUGAGACAAUCAAUGUUCAUCAACCUGGUCAACAGGUCAUGUCUAUAGCAGCUCUAGCUCAGUCUCAGGCUGCCUCUAAUGUCAACAGACAAAAGUCAGGAAUGUCUAUAUGGGAUGUAGCCUUGGCAACUCAGCAAAAGGUUAGCUCAGCCCAUCACAAUCCUCUCCCUGUGCCCACUCCAGCGCCUGCUGCUGACCACCGGUCCUAUCACCAAUCCCCCCGGCCACAGGCUGAGCCCACGCCACCCACUGGCCCCCCACUGUCACAGCCACAACCACCCCAGCAGCAGUCCCAACAGCCACAAGCUCAACAACAGCAGCAACAGCAGCAGCCUGGUGGACAGCCAGUGGAGUUCAACCAUGCCAUCAAUUAUGUCAACAAAAUCAAGAAUCGAUUUCAAGGUCAGCCAGACAUAUAUAAGCAAUUUCUGGAGAUCUUACACACAUAUCAAAAGGAACAGCGUCUCACAAGAGAUGGUGGCAAUGUUGGACCCAGCAAACCACUUACUGAGAGUGAAGUCUACCAGCAGGUUGCUAACCUCUUCAAGCACCAAGAGGAUCUGUUAGCUGAAUUUGGUCAGUUCCUUCCUGAUGCUAAUGGAGCCUCAAGCUAUGGUGUGGCCUCAUUUAUCUCAAGAGAUAAACUGUUCAUUGAACAGGCGGAGUCAACGCUGGGAGUACGUAAUGAUCACAAUCCAACUGUUAAAAAACCUGGUUACACCAGUGGCAAAACACAGACAAACAAAACUGGGACUGCUGUCAAAAGGCCUGCCACCGCUGCCACUGCAGCUCCAGCAUCUUCUUACCAACCUCCAGUGAAGAAAAAAGGUGUUCCAAAAGAUUUCAGUCUGGCAGAUGCAAGCAAGACAGGAACUUUGACAGAGUAUGCAUUUUUUGAUAAGGUACGCAAGGCUUUGCGUCACCAAGAAGUCUAUGACAACUUCCUUCGUUCCAUUGUCCUGUUCAACCAAGAAAUAGUCACCAAGCAAGAGCUUGUCACUCUUGUCAGUUUUUUUCUCUCAAAGUUCCCAGAUUUGUUCAGAGAGUUCAGAGAUUUACUUGGUGUCAAUGAACAAGGUGGUGGUAUUGAAACUGUGCCUCACGGGGCUGCACAGAAAGAAAGGAUUAGUGGAGAACUUGCCAUGGAAAUAGAUUUCAAUACAUGCAAGCGAUAUGGUGCAAGUUAUCGAGGUAUUCCAAAUAAGUUUGUCCCCCCUAAAUGUAGUGGCCGCACUGCUCUGUGUAGAGAAGUGCUGAAUGAUACAUGGGUAUCAUUUCCAACUUGGUCUGAAGACUCUUCAUUUGUUACAUCGAGAAAAACGCAGUAUGAGGAAAAUAUUUAUAAAUGUGAAGAUGAAAGAUUUGAGCUGGACUAUGUGAUUGAGACCAACUUUUCAACCAUCAAGUCACUGGAGGCUGUUUUGAAGAAGAUAAACAGAAUGCCCCAGGAAGAGGCAGCCAAAUUUAGAUUAGACAACACUCUUGGGGGCACCUCGGAGUGCAUCAAUAGAAACUCCAUACAUAGAAUCUAUGGAGACAAAUCCAGUGAUAUUAUUGAAGGACUUAAGAAAAAUCCAGUGGUGGCAGUACCUUUGGUGCUUAGAAGGCUGAAAGCUAAAGAUGAAGAAUGGCGAGAGGCCCAGAAACAGUUCAACAAGCUGUGGAAAGAACAGAAUGAAAAGUUUUAUUUGAAGUCGCUGGACCACCAGUGUGCCAAUUUCAAGCAGCAUGACAUCAAGGCCAUCAGAGGAAAGUCUUUGUUGAAUCAAAUUGAAACUAUCUAUGAUGAGAGGGCUGACAGUGAAGAGGCCCCACCACAAGGUCCCAUGUUAACCUUUGUUUAUGAAGAUCGUUUAUUGAUUGAAGAUGCUGGCAAUCUUAUAAUUCAUCAUGUCAAGAGACAGACUGGUGUGGAUAAGGAAGCCAAGACUCGAAUCAAGCAGCUGGUCAAACAUUUUGUCCCUGAUCUGUUCUUUGCUCCUCGGGGUGAACUAAGUGAUGAUGACGGGGAGGUCAAUGAAGAUAUGGAUGUGGAUGAGGAAGACUCAGCAGUCAAUGUUCAAAGAAACCCAGACAGCAGUAAAAAGGCCAAAGACAAGUCAAGUCAGGAAGUUGAAGAGAAGAAAAAGAAAGUGAAUGGAGUCAAAAGUGAAUCAGCCGAGGAAAGUGUGAAAAAUAUUAAGAAGGAAGAUGAGGAAGGAGAGUCAGAAAAGAAUGGAGGAAUAGACGGGAAUGAAGAUGAUCAUGACCGCUACACAUUGUUUUAUUGCAACUCUACCUGGUACAUAUUUCUUCGGCUUCACCAAAUAUUGUGUUCUCGCUUGUUAAAAGCUUACUCCUUGAAACAGAAACUCAUGGCCGAAGAAGCUGUGACCAAGAAGGAGAGAAAAGAAUCUGUGGCUCUUGCCUUGCGUUUGCGCUCACCAUUGGAAGUUGAGGUGGAAGACUACUACUCAUACUUUCUGGACAUGAUACGAGCAGUGCUGGAUGGUAACAUGGAGUCCAGUCAGUAUGAAGACACAAUGAGGGAAAUGUUUGGCAUCGAGGCCUACCAGCUGUUUACCAUGGACAAAGUGGUGCAGAAUAUUGUUAGGCAGGUCCAACAUCUGGUCAUGGAUGACAUGCCUGUCAAGUUGGCCAAACUUUUUGAGGAGCAGAAAGAGAAAGGUGGUGCUGGAGGAAGAUGGGCCACCCGCCAUCAGAGGAAUACCCUGGAGCAGGCUUAUCUCAGGCAGGCUGAAUUAAUCCUUAUGGAUGAUAACCCUUUCAAGUUUGUCAUUAGAAGCCUGACAGCUCAGAUGGAGAUUGAUAUGUUGGACCCGCCCCCUGAAUCUAAUGACUCAGUCAAGGAAACCAGUACAUGGUCCUCCUACCUAACAGAGUAUACGACCACCAAGAAAAAUGAAGAGUUUAUGCACAGGGUUGGCAAUAGUAGACCUGUAUAUUUAGUCAGAAAUAAAAAGAAAAACCCAGACUGGGAAUUGUUCAAAAAACAACACGAGAUGAAUGAGGAACUGGAAGAAGAGGAGGAGGAAGAAGAAGAAGAGGUCGAGAAAGAAAGAGUUGACCAGAACUCAGAAAAUAAAAAGAGGAAAGAAAGAGAUAGUUCAGCAAAAGUUAAAACAGAAUCUAACCAAGACUCAGAGCUGUCAGAGAAAGAGAAAUCUCCCACAGACAAUGUUACUCAGAAGUCCUCUGAUGACGCAGAUGCUGACAAGACUGUUGCCACCCCCGCAACAACUGUGACUGAUGAUUAUGAUGAUGAGAACAUUGAUGAUGCUGCAGCCCUGGCCAGGUCUAGCAGGAUUCCUAUGGGUGGUGAUGAUGAUGACGAUGAUAAAAGGGGUGGAGCAGAAAGCGAUGGUGGCCUUGGAGAUGAUGAAGAUGAUGAUGACAAGGGAUUGGAAAGUGCAAGCAAAAGGAAAAAGAUUGGAUCUUCCCCUGAUGGUUUAUCAAGGCGUGUGCACAGUAUAGACAACACUAGUGUCAAGUUUCAGCACAACUCCUAUCAUCAUAUGUUUGUUAAGAACACAGGGCUUGUGAUGUACAAGUGUGCCAGACUGGCUCGUACGAAUGAAAGUCACAAGCAAGUCACUCAGAAGAAGUAUGCCAACAUGCUGAAAUGGGUAGAUGUUUGGCUGGCCAAGAAUGUCACCUCCACCCAGUCUGAGGAGUGCAGGAAGUGGCUGCUAGGACUCACCACAGACAGCCGGUCAAACAAAACUUACGUCACAGAGAUUGAGCAGCAUGACAAAACACCAUACCGGGUGUUCCACAAGUACUCUGUAGACUGGGUGGCACCAGGUGCUGGUAGGACAUCGCCAGCCAACAACAGCUAAUGCCCCAGUCCUCACCCCCAUAGCCUCUGCUCGUCUUUUUGGCGCUGGGCACAUAAGUUUUGUAUAGCUCAUUUUGUUGUUGAAGAGAGGGGAGCACCCCCACUGUGCAAAGAAACUACAAAAUGUUUGCAGACUGCGCUGCUUGCAAUGGUUUAUAUGUAAAUAUAUUUAUAAUGACAGUUAUCAGCAGACUCUUCAGCCCUUUUAUUAAAUUGUAGCUGUCAAUAUUUUCUCAUUGGAACUAUAACAUUGCUGGUCACUAUUGUAACUAUUUCAUCUUUCUCUCUCUCUCUCAUGUAUGCAUCUAUAAAUAUUUGUUCAUAACGGCUCUCAACUAAACGACUAAAUUCUGUGUAGUCUCUAUGUAUGUUUCACUGUUAUUUAUGUCCCUUGGUAUUCUCUUUUCACAAAACUUUCAUUUCUGUACAAUGUUUCUUUAUUGACUGUCAAUUUUUUUUUUAUUUUUUUUUGUGUUUCAGCGUUUCAUAAAUUGUUGAUGUUUUGUUAUGUGUUAAUGAAUUUUUUGACUACUCAUGAAUUGUUCAAUAUAUUUUGUUUAGUUCAUGGAUUGUUCCGAUUAUUGUUGUUGCUAUAUUAUAGAUUUUGUACACAAUCAUAACACAUACACACACACACACAAAUUAACUAAAUAAUGUUAUGUACAAAUAUUUGCUUAAAACUGUCAACUGAAUAACGUAUAUUUUGUCUCAUGUCCCUUUUUAAUAGAUUUAGACCAAAAUACAACAAAAAUAAUAUAAUAAACUUUAUUUGGUAAAAAUA